UCUCUUUGGUUUGGUCACAGUUCGCCAUUUUGUUUUGUUGAAGCUUGAUUUCUGUGCUUGAUUAUGAUUUGAUCUUACCAGUGAAAUUGUGGUGAAAUUGAUGAUUCUUGAAACAUGAAAGAUAGGCUGAUUUUGAAAACCUAACAGAAACUGUGAAAUAUCGAAGAUUGUGUCGCUUUAUUUACCAAAUUUCGACCAAAUAAUUGUCCUAUAAACAUUUAGUGUAUGUACCGUGUACUUAAUUGAAACGAGCAUUAUCAGACAAUGGAUAACCAAAGAGAGAAGGAAAGGGACCGCUCCAGGCGCGGAGACAGACCGUCCAGGUUCUCCGACGCCACGCGAGACCGCUCGGGGGAUCGCGAGAGAUCAGAAGGAAAGCGAUUAUUUGUCUCAAACAUACCGUAUGAGUUUCGUUGGGCUGAAUUGAAGGACUUGUUUAAAGAUAAGGUAGGCGAUGUGGCAUAUGUUGAAUUAUUCAAUGAUGAAAACGGAAAGCCAAGAGGAUGUGGUGUUGUAGAAUUUACAAACUCAGAAGCUAUGAAAAAAGCUCUAUUCGUCAUGCAUAGGUAUGAACUUAAUGGGAGGAAACUUGUUUUAAAAGAAGAAACUGGUAAUGAAAGGAACAGAUUGAAUAAUCCCCGGCAAGGAGGUGGGGUUGGUGGCGGAGGGAGGAACAUGAGGGAUGACAAAGAUGGAUGGGGAGUAAACAAACCAAGAGAACCUGAAAACUACAACACAUAUGGAUUAAGUCUACAGUUUUUGGAGUCUAUAAAUGUGCAACCACCUUUAGUCAAGAAAGUAUUUGUUGCAAAUCUUGACUACAAAGCAGAUCGCACUAAAAUAAAAGAGAUCUUCAAAAUGGCUGGCAAAGUGCGCAACAUUGACUUGGCUGUGGACAAAGACGGCAACAGCAGAGGAUUUGCUGUUAUAGAAUAUGAUCAUCCUGUUGAAGCAGUACAGGCAAUAUCAAUGUUUGACAAGCAAAUUCUAUUUGAGCGCAGAAUGACGGUCCGUAUGGACAGAGGUACUACAGAUAAGGGUGAAUUACGAUUGCCUGAAGGUCUUAAAGGCAUCGGAAUAGGGUUGGGGCCAAAUGGUGAACCAUUGAGAGAUGUGGCUAGGAAUUUACCCCAGAAUACAACUCCCAAUACUUUGAACUUAGCAUCGGCCGGGUCGUCUAUAGGCGCGGGAGUUUUGGGUGCAGUGCCCACGGGAGGUGUUGGGUUGAAUGGCCUGGGCUCAGGAUUAUCUGCCAAUACACUCACUACAAACGCAGCACUUAGCAGCAGUUUAGGAUUGCAGGCCUUAGGACUUACUGGUCUAGGAGCUCUCCAGAACCAACUGUUACAGCAAGGUCUGACCGCAAAUGACCUGGCUACAGUACUGUCACAGGCCCAAGUGGCCAACACCAAUGCAUUGGGUCUCAACACUGGAGAUGGCAUGGGGAACGUCCUCGGCAACAAUAGUCUCAGCAACAAUGUCUUAGGAGUAGGACCCAAUGCUUCUAUGAGCAGUGGACCGCUUUCAGGUACUAAUCGUCAACUAGGUGGCGCCUCGGUGUCGGGGCAAGGCUUCGGCCGCGACUCGGGCCAGGGCUUCGGUCGUGACUCGGGGCAGCAGCAAAACAACAACAGGGACAAGCAGACCUCUGAUAUGGUUGUGAUCACCAAUCUUCCACAGACUGUAACUUGGCAAUUAAUUCGCGAAAAGUUCAGCGAAUGUGGCGAUGUAAAAUUCGCUGAAAUGACUGCGCCAGAUACUGCUAUCGUGAGGUUCCAUAAAGAAUGGGAUGCCGAGAGAGCAGUCAAAAUGUUUGACAGGACACGUAUUGAUGGCCGGACAAUAGAUGUCCGUUUCUUUUAGGAGAAACAGGAAAGGAAUGUCGUAUUGAAGUUGAGGUCUGUCGGUCGAAAACUGCUUGUGAUCGUCUCGUUCAUCUGCUGCGUAAUACUUUUCUCUCCAUUGAUUUACUCGAAGUUUGACAAACUCUUAUAUUUAGGUUAGAUUAGUGUAAGUCAUAUUUUUGUGUACACGAAAAGGUCGAUGAAUAUUUGAGAAAGCAAGAUUAAGGAACAUUUUGGGAAGUUUUUCACGACACGCGUUGGUAAUUGAACUUGAAGGGCUUUUUAAAACUAACAACUAGAAUGUUGCUUUCGAUCUUAAUAAUAAUAAUUAAUCAUUUAAAUUGUAUUUAGUUUAUAUUUGGAGAUACAGAAGCGUCUUUUUGUUUUUGUCUUUUUAAAUAUUUGACUUUAGGUCUGUGUAGAAGUCAAGUUUUCAUAGAUUCGAUUUCAAUAAACUGAUGUAUGACAA